AUGCAAAUGCACUUUUACUUGAUAGCAGAAUCACGGGCCCUGAAAGUUCACCCACCAGCAAUGCCUAUCCCCACCGUGAGUAGGCCAAAAUCACCGUCUAUUGGUGGUGGGUUUACAAUAAACCGGUACAAGAACAUUGAGGCAGAUGCUUUCCGGCCAACAACUCCAGGACAUAGCCCUGGGGUUGGUCAUUAUGAUCCUCCUGGUGCUCCUUAA